GAAUUCCUGGCCUCAAGCGAUCCUCCCACUAUAGCCUCAUAAUGUGUUAGGAUUACAGGCAUGAGGCACUGUGCUCAGUUGUUGACUUUUUGGAUUAUGCACUAGUAAAUAGGAAAACUAUCACUGAGUUAAAUCAAGUUGUUAUGUGAGUACUUCACCUAUUUUUCCUCACAUCGCUAGUAACAAUCUGCCUAUAGAAAAAUUAGCUAAUAUUGUUAAAGUUUAGAAUGAGCAAAAUAAGACACUGUCAUUUCUUUUCUUUUGCUAGGAAACAGUCAUAACCUCAAAAAUGACUUUUUAAUUCAAAUAUAAGAUUAUACUGGGUCUUGGCCAAAGAAAAGUUUCUGUCAUAUGUUUUCUGUGUUGGUUUGAUCUGUGGAUGAAAUGAAUCAUGAUUUUCAAGCUCUUGCGUUAGAAUCUCGGGGAAUGGGAGAGUAUGCCUGGGUGCUGAUUGAUUUCUUUGGAAAUGGAGAAAGCAAGCCAUACAUACUUUUGAAGAAAAAGACACUGUAUAUUCACUCAAACAUUGAGCUUUUGCCUACCAAAAAGUUUUGGGAACCUGAUGAUUCAACAAAAGAUGGACAAAAAGGCAUAUUUCUUGGGGAUGAUGAAUGGAGAGAGACUGCAUGGGGAACUUCUCACCAUUCAAUGUCCCAGCCUAUUAUGGUACAGAGAAGAUCUGGACAGGGUUUUCAUGGAAACAGUGAAGUAAAUGCAAUACUGUCUCCGCGAUCAGAAAGUGGAGGCCUUGGUGUGAGCAUGGUAGAAUAUGUAUUAAGUUCUUCUCCUGCUGAUAAAUUGGAUUCUCGAUUUAGGAAGGGAAAUUUUGGCACUAGAGAUGCUGAAACAGAUGGACCUGAGAAAGGAGAUCAAAAAGGCAAGGCUUCUCCAUUUGAGGAGGACCAAAACAGAGAUCUUAAACAAGGAGAUGAUGAUGAUUCUAAAAUAAAUGGCAGAGGUUUGCCAAAUGGAAUGGAUGCCGAUUGCAAAGAUUUUAAUCGUACUCCUGGAAGUCGUCAAGCCUCUCCAACUGAAGUAGUUGAGCGCUUGGGCCCCAAUACUAAUCCCUCAGAAGGACUGGGGCCUCUUCCUAAUCCUACAGCUAAUAAACCACUUGUUGAAGAAUUUUCAAAUCCUGAAACUCAGAAUCUGGAUGCCAUGGAACAAGUUGGUCUGGAAUCCUUACAGUUUGACUAUCCUGGUAAUCAGGUACCAAUGGACUCUUCAGGAGCUACUGUAGGCCUUUUUGACUACAAUUCCCAGCAGCAGCUCUUUCAGAGAACUAAUGCACUAACAGUUCAGCAGUUAACUGCAGCUCAACAGCAGCAAUAUGCAUUAGCAGCAGCUCAGCAGCCACAUAUAGCUGGUGUAUUCUCAGCAGGCCUUGCUCCAGCUGCAUUUGUGCCAAAUCCAUACAUUAUUAGUGCUGCUCCUCCAGGAACCGAUCCGUAUACUGCAGCAGGAUUGGCUGCAGCAGCUACAUUAGCAGGUCCAGCAGUGGUUCCACCUCAGUAUUACGGCGUUCCAUGGGGGGUGUAUCCAGCCAACUUAUUUCAGCAGCAAGCUGCAGCUGCGGCAAAUAACACAGCCAAUCAGCAAGCAGCAUCACAAGCUCAGCCUGGACAGCAACAGGUUCUCCGUGCUGGAGCAGGUCAGCGUCCUCUUACUCCCAAUCAGGGUCAGCAAGGGCAGCAAGCAGAAUCACUUGCGGCAGCUGCAGCAGCAAAUCCAACUUUGGCUUUUGGUCAGGGUCUUGCUACUGGCAUGCCAGGCUAUCAAGUAUUAGCUCCAACUGCCUAUUAUGAUCAGACUGGUGCCUUAGUGGUUGGCCCUGGAGCAAGGACUGGCCUUGGAACUCCAGUUCGGUUAAUGGCUCCAACACCUGUUUUAAUUAGUUCAGCAGCAGCACAAGCUGCAGCGGCAGCAGCAGCUGGAGGAACUGCAAGUAGCCUUACAGGCAGCACAAAUGGUCUGUUUCGGCCAAUUGGCACUCAGCCACCGCAGCAGCAGCAGCAACAGCAGCCAAGCACUAAUCUGCAAUCUAAUUCAUUUUAUGGAAGCAGUUCUUUGACUAAUAGCUCCCAGAGUAGUUCUUUAUUUUCUCAUGGACCUGGUCAACCUGGAAGUACAUCUCUUGGCUUUGGAAGUGGUAACUCUUUGGGUGCUGCUAUAGGCUCAGCCCUCAGUGGAUUUGGUUCAUCAGAUGCCGUUUCCCCAAAACUAACCUUCACGCCUCAGUUAUUUACAAGCAUGGCUUACUCAAUUCUGACUCCAAUCUUUGGCAGUUCUGCAAGUAGUAGUGCCACAAGGAGAGAGUCUCUAUCUACUAGCUCUGACUUGUACAAAAGAUCUAGUAGCAGCCUAGCACCCAUAGGGCAACCAUUUUACAAUAGUCUGGGAUUUUCCUCCUCUCCAAGUCCAAUAGGCAUGCCUCUGCCAAGCCAAACUCCAGGACAUUCACUUACGCCACCGCCAUCACUUUCAUCACAUGGAUCCUCAUCCAGUUUGCAUUUAGGAGGACUGACAAAUGGUAGUGGUCGAUAUAUCUCUGCAGCACCUGGAGCAGAAGCAAAAUAUCGAAGUGCUUCAAGCACUUCCAGUCUAUUUAGCUCCAGCAGCCAGCUCUUUCCUCCUUCCCGGCUUCGGUAUAAUAGGUCUGAUAUUAUGCCUUCUGGCCGCAGUAGAUUAUUGGAAGAUUUCAGAAACAACCGCUUCCCGAACCUUCAACUUAGAGACUUGAUUGGACAUAUAGUUGAGUUUUCUCAAGACCAGCAUGGUUCUAGAUUCAUACAGCAAAAGUUAGAGAGAGCUACUCCAGCUGAGCGACAGAUGGUAUUUAAUGAAAUUCUGCAAGCAGCCUAUCAAUUAAUGACUGAUGUUUUUGGCAACUAUGUUAUACAGAAGUUUUUUGAGUUUGGGAGUCUGGAUCAAAAACUAGCCCUGGCUACUCGUAUUCGUGGUCAUGUUCUACCCUUAGCCUUGCAGAUGUAUGGCUGCCGCGUUAUUCAGAAAGCAUUAGAAUCUAUUUCUUCUGACCAGCAGGUAAUUAGUGAAAUGGUAAAGGAGCUGGAUGGUCAUGUGCUCAAAUGUGUGAAAGAUCAGAAUGGAAACCAUGUUGUACAAAAAUGUAUCGAAUGUGUUCAGCCACAGUCACUGCAGUUCAUCAUUGAUGCUUUCAAGGGACAAGUAUUUGUGCUUUCAACUCAUCCUUACGGCUGUAGGGUAAUUCAGCGCAUCCUAGAACAUUGCACUGCAGAACAGACCUUACCUAUCUUAGAAGAACUCCACCAACAUACAGAGCAGUUGGUACAGGAUCAGUAUGGCAAUUAUGUUAUUCAGCAUGUACUGGAACAUGGUCGACCUGAAGACAAGAGCAAAAUUGUUUCCGAAAUCAGAGGAAAGGUUUUAGCCCUGAGUCAACACAAAUUUGCCAGCAAUGUAGUAGAAAAGUGUGUUACUCAUGCCUCCCGUGCUGAGAGAGCUUUACUGAUUGACGAGGUUUGCUGCCAGAAUGAUGGUCCUCACAGUGCCUUAUACACCAUGAUGAAGGACCAGUAUGCCAAUUAUGUGGUUCAAAAGAUGAUUGAUAUGGCUGAACCUGCUCAAAGAAAGAUAAUCAUGCACAAGAUUCGACCUCACAUUACUACUUUGCGCAAAUACACAUAUGGGAAGCAUAUAUUGGCCAAGUUGGAGAAGUAUUAUUUGAAGAAUAGCCCGGACCUAGGACCUAUUGGAGGACCACCAAAUGGAAUGCUGUAAAUUACAGGAGCACGAGAAAGAAGAUAAUUUAACCAUGUGAAAAGAAUUUUUUUGUGUGUGAAUUAUCAAAACACAACUCAACUAUGAAUCUUCAAUUUUUUUUUUAAAGCAAAACUAUUUAUUGACUUUAUUCAUCCAUUUGUAAAUUUUUUAAGGUUCUUGUGUAUAUUUGGGGGGUGGGGGAUGAAUUAUAAAUUAUAUUCAGCCCUGAGUGGAGACCUAUCAGAUUGGAUUGCUGGCAAAGCACAGAAUGCCUGUAUAUGAUGUAACUGUAUCAAAAAUAAAAAGCUGUCACAUAUUUUGUAAAUUUUUACCUUGUAAAGUCACAAAAAUAGUUUUUAAAGGAAAAAGUACAGUAUUCUUUUAAUAAACUGGCUCACAGUCUGGUAGGUCUACAACCCCAUAGCACAACAGGUUUAUAGAGAUGUAUAUAGAAUUAUAGUCCUUAUUUUUUUCCUUUGCGUGAAACCUUUUAUAACAGAUUAACAAUCAACUGCAUAAAUAUUAUUAAUAUUUUAAAAAGUUAAGUUGUAUUUUGAUAAUUCACAAACUAUCAUGCAAAUAACGAGCAAGUAAGACAAAAAUAAAGUGGUUUGAGAUGAAAAGAACUUAACAUUAUUUACAGUAGAUGUGGUUUUAAUACAAUUACUGCCCUAAAAUGUCUCUGGCAAUGUACAGAAAUAUUGUAUAUACUUACAUAUGUAAUUGUUGUAAGAGUUAAAUACAAAAUCAUGGUGACAUUUCCAAUUUAGUGCACUAAAUGAAAAGUUAAGUCACUUAUUAACUUUUCAGUUUGGUUUGCAAUGAGAAAGAGUGGAAAUUUGUAUUUUGUUUUGCUUAUAGAAUUACAGACUUGUUGAGGAAGUGUUGAGCUUUAUUUUGCUUUUUCAUAGAGGCAGAAAGUAGGAACCAGAUAGAGAUGAAAAGGGGCCACUGAAAAGUGAAUUUGAUAGCUCAGCAUUUAAGCAUGAUUACAUAUUCAGAUAGCUCUUUUUGCUUUCUAUAAAUAUAUGCAUUGUGUGUGUAGUAAUAGAUGUAAGUUUACACUUUGAAAGGAAAUCUUGUUUCAAUGUUUAUUAUAAAAGCCUUGCUAAUUUAGUAGUGAUGCUUUCCUUGGUUGUACAGGUGUACAUUUGUAAACCUUCAUGCUGUAAAUGGAAUUUGUUUUAUCUCUUUGGGAUACAUUUGCAUUUUAGUGUACAUUUACGUCCCUGCCCUCUUUGACCUGGCAAUAUAGUGUUGUAUAAUGUAAAUUUAUUUCUCCAAAUCGAGAGUGAUUUUUUAAAAAUUUUUUAUCUUUAUAUGGUUUCAGAAGUAUGAACCAGCUUUCUUUUUUUUAUUGUGAGAUCAUUUUGUUUUAUAACAUAGUUGUUGACUGUUAAUAUGGACAUGCUAGAAUUUGGAUCACUUUCAAUUGAAGUCAGGGUAUUGUGCAUAAUAGAAAGUAUUGGACUGAGAUAUUUGGUUACCAUGGAGGCCAAUGCUUUUUUCAUCUUAUUAAAUGUGAUGUGACUUUUUUCUUUGUACAGAAGAGUACUGUAUUUUUGAAUAGCCUACUCCCAAGUAAGAGCAAAUCUGUAUGAUAACAUUUUUUUCUCUGGACAUAAGACAUAACAGUAACACGAUGUACAUUUACAAGCGGCCUUAUGUACAUUUCCCAACAAUCUUUUUAAGGCAAAAUUGUGACCAUAUGUGUAUAAUUAAAAUCGUUUUUAAUCCUUUGCCUAUGAAAAUAUUUUGGAAAAAAACUUGCUGUGUAUAUUCAGUUUCUGAAAGAUAAAGAAAGUGCUUUGUAUUUUGUUGAAGUCAGUAUUUUGUAUAAACAUUUAUGUUGACCCAGUUAUGUUUAGUGCUGAAAACUAAAAUGAACAUGCUAUCUCUGUCGGCUGAAUAUGGAAGAAAUCUUUUUUACUAGAGAUCUGCAGAAGAAAAGCAAUCUUCUGAGCACAAUAUGGAAUCUAAAGGUUUUAUCACUUAGUUAUUCAUAUUAUGAACCUAAAAAUAAUGGCAUAAAGUUUGGGGAUGCCAGGCAUACUUUUUCAUGUUUGGUGUUUAGUUAUUUUAGUUUUCUAACCCAACAUUCCUUGGUGAGGCCAUUAAAUCCAAACACUUGUCUCCGUUCCUUCUCAUGGUCAUACUGGGUCAUCAGCCGGUCCCAGUCACUGCAGCAACGCCUUGUGUGUGCUUCAUUUUUUUUAAACCCACACAAAGCCAGUCUCUCACUUUUUCCUACAUUACCAACCUCAGAGUAUUUCAGCCCAUGUCGAACUUUUGUUCUCAGUAUCAGCCCAUGGUUUCAGGAUCAUAGCUGUCAUGUUGGAGAUUGAUAGUGGUUUUCCUGUCUUUGUACAGUUGAAUUCUUAGUCUUCCUUCAUCCUUGCCCUCUGUUGGCACAGGCAUUAUCUGCAAUUUUAGAAAAUGACAAGUAGAGAUACUACAUUGAGAAACUAAACCCUCUCCUUGGGGUCCUGAUAUUCCCAUGUGUCCCAGUGCUGACAACCCAAUCUUCCCAGUACUUUCAGGCCUGCUCUACAAAAAUACCUUUCUUGUAGAAAUUUUACAGUCUGCCAUUUUGGGUGCCCACCCCAAUUUUUACCUUUUAGUAAGUUCGCAUGAAAUUUUGUUAAAAUCUGAAAAUCACGUUUCAGAAUAAAGAAAGAAUUGGGCAGAAACUACCUAGGCUUUACUCUUGAGUGUCUCCUUUUGAUAGGGAUUGUUUCUGGACCAGUUUGUCUAAGUCCUGGCUCUUAUUGGUUCAUAUGAAAUAAUGUUAACUUCACUUCUUUGUAUAUUAUGUAUAAAUUAGAAAAUGAAAAAUGUGUGAAUAACAUUGUAUGAAAUAAACCUGGUCUUGUGUUUUUCUCUAGAU